AUGCAGCUGUUCACAGACAUGAUCCGCGGGCAGCCGCUUCUGUGCGGGCAGCUCUGCGUUCUCUUCUGCCUCGUUGUGCUUCUCGACUGGGAUAAAUCGUUGGUCCCGCCCCGCGACACGCAGUUCUUCGAAAACGACGCCAAACUCGCGAACGAACUGAAAAGCGACACCGUGUCCAGCUACUUUGUGAUCGCGUUCGCCUACUUUCUCUUCCUCCCGAUCUUCGUCACGGUGCCGAAUCUGAGCUCGCGCGGCUUUUCCCUCCGCUUCGUCGGCUCGUUUGAUAAGAGCAGGAAAGACGAGCUUUGCCCUUCACUUCUUUACUACCUCUACGCGGUCCUGGCAACGCAUUUCGUCACCUGCUGCGCGAAGAUCUACGUGGGCCGAAAAAGGCCGAACUUCUUUGCCGCCUGCGAGUACCAUUUUGCGGCCAACGCGAAGAAGGCGCCCUUGUUUCCUGGGAGCAGUUUGGUCAAGGGGGAGGUGCAGUUCUGCAAAAAGGACCCGAUAAGCGGAAUGGUAUACUUCUGAAAAUGAUGUAAUAAUUAGGUCUACUUCAUCAAGAACGAUUCGGGCUUCGUAAUCGUAGACUGACGAAAGAGUUUGGAAGGCAGUGGCAGAAGUCUUUUGUUCUUGCCUGAUCGAUGAUUUACACUACCUCAACAGCUGAGUUUCCCGUCCGGCCACGCUUCCCUUGCGUUCUCCAGUACCGUUUUCGUCGCGAUGGAGCUCUCUGGUAGGAUAUUUACGCAAGCGGCGCUUCUACUCUUUGCGGUGUUUGUCGCCUGCAGCAGAGUGGUGGACAACAAGCACCACCCCGAGGACAUAAUUGCGGGCGCUGCGCUCGGAACCGCGGUCAGCGCAAUGGUUCAUACGCGGAUGAUUCGCACGUACUUUGACAGGGAGAGUCCCGAUGGCGAAAAGAGCAGCGUGGUGAAUGGGGCGUAUAAUUCGUCACCAGUAGCACAAGAUAGACAAAUGAGCGGAAUGACAGGCAGGGAAAACAGGGCAGAAUGA